AUGGACAGAGCAGGUCAAGGUUAAAACAAACAACUGCUUCAUUAUGGAUGUUUAGUUUAUUUAACAUUCAAAGAUGAUAAUGGAUAAGAGUAGAACUAUAAGUUAUAUUAUUAGAUAUCUAGUAACAGCUGAUGGAUAUACAAAAAACAAGAUCCUUUUGAAAAAGAAAGAGGAUGUAUUAAAAUACUCAUCUAUUUCUUCAUGUUUAUUUAAAAUCUAUCCUACAUUCUACAAUAACGAGUAUUAGAAAGCUUUGAAGGUGAAAGAAGAGAAAGGAAAGAUAAAGAAAUUUUCAAUAAUUGAAAUGAGAAGUAAUGAUUAAUAUGAAAUAAUUUAGAUGCAUAAUUGGAGAUUCCAAAAAAUAUAAAGGCGAUGGAAGAUGAGACAACUUUGAAUCAUGAGUAAUAUGAAAAAUUUAAAGGUUCUCCAGUUGUUUUUGGUUAAACAAUAUAAUUAUUACACAUAAACUCAAAUAAAUAUUUGUACUAUGAUUCAAAUCAUGUUUCAGAAAUAGAAAGCAACAAUCUAAAAUUGAGUCUAAUAGAUGAACAUUCAGAUGAAACAUGUUAUAGGAUUACUCCAUGUUAUACAUUUUAAUAAGAAGGAUCAGGAAAUAUUUAUCACGAAGAUAUAGUUCAUAUAGUAUCAACAGUUGAUUAAACAAAGAAAAUAGGUGGUGAACCUUAUUUACAUGCUUCAAGACCAAAGAUUUGUAAACAAUUAAAUAUUAUUUUAUUAGUUGAUACAAAAUCAUCUACUUAGAAAGAGAAAAGGGAAGUAAAUAUUUCAACAGAAAAGAAGACACCUUGGAAAGUUAAUAUAUUUGCAGAAUAUUUGGAUGAAAGAGAAGGAUUUUUAAGUAUUUAAGAUACUGUUUGGAUCAAUUAUUCAGAAUAAGAUGUAAUAAAAUAUUUUCUAUUAUUAAUAGCUCAAUCUUAUUGCUAUUAGGGAUCAAAUUAAAUAAUAAGUAUAAAAUCAAAAAUCUGAACUUCAUAUCUAUUUUGAAUAAUGUACUUAAUCAGCUAAUUAUACUAAAUUUGUUGGCAAUUCAAAUGGUUUAUUUACUAUAGAAAGUGAAUCCAUGUAUUAAGGAGGAUUAGUUAAAUGGGAUACUCCAAUGAUAUCUUCAUCAUAUAGACUUAGACAUUUAACUACUAAAAAAUAUCUUAAAGUUAUAGAAGAAAAAAAAGAAGGAGAUGAAAAAUCUCGAUUCUUGUUAACUAGUGUAUCAGAUUAUUAAAAAGCAUCUCUAUUUCAUUUUGAAUUGAUUUUCUCAACUUUAACUACAUACAAUAGAGAAAAGGCUUAAAUCUAUUUAUAAAAAGAUAGUUAUUUUAGAGCAUCAACUUAUGUAGGUUAAGAUUAAGUUUGGUUACGUACUGAAUCUAUUGAAAAUGAUGAAGAAAAUAAAGAAGUUAAAGAAAAGAAAAAAAGUAUUCCAGCAUUUAAUAAGGUCAAAAAAGAAGAAUAUGUAUUCAAAAUUGCAAAAGCUAAUUUUAAUGAUGUAAGAAUGACAAACUUUUUACUUUCUUGUUUGAAAACUAUAAAAGGAGCAUAAUAAUAUAUGGAUGUUUCAUUUCUUUCUGCAGAUAUUAAAGAUGAAAAAUUUUAGAAAUCUUAUAAGGGAUUUGUAGCACAUAUGUAAAGAUUAAGUAAAUGUUUAUCUGAAUUAUAACUAUUUUGUCAUAAUAAAUUGAUUGCUUAUUUAUACAUCGAUUAGGAAUUUGGAUAAAUUAACCAUUUUAUAUAAAAUGUACUUAGAGAAUAAUAGUUUAUAGAAUUAUUAGUUAAAAUUCUUUGUGUAUCAUUUCCUGAUGUAUCAACAUUGGAUACUUUAAAAUCAAUUGAACAAUCAGAAUCUAUGGAUAAAAUAAGAAGAAGAGUAGUUGAUGAAUCCAGUAAGAAUAGAGACUCAUAAAUUAAAAAAGAAUAUUACAAUAGUAAAAAAAAAAUAUGUUCCUUAAUUUAUUAAUUACUUGAUUGUAUAUGCCAAUAGAACAUUAUUAAUCAAGAAUAAGCUUCCAGAUAUAUUCCUAUAUUUGCUUAACAAAGUGUUUAUAUUGAUGAUGCUUUAAAAUGCAUAGUAUAAAUCAUUAGAGAUCAUGAAGAUUUACUUUUAAGAUUGCAUUAAUAGGUUAAUGAAGAUGAUGAUAAUCAAAUGAGCAUGAAUCAAAAUUUACGCCAAUCUUUUUAAUAAGAAUAAGAAAUUGUCAUGGCCAAUCAUUCGAAUGCUUUCUUAUAAUAGUUAACUAUAGAAGAUUAUCGUAGAUUAUAUGAUCAAAUAAUUAAAAAGAUCCUUAAUGAAUCUCAUUUUUAAUUAAAAUAAAGAUGGGAUCUAUUAUAGUUUUAUACUAAUUUAUUAAAAGAGAAAUCUACAUCUGCUGAAAAAAAGAGAGAUAUCAUAUCAUUUUUGCAAUUUGCCUCUACUCACAAAGGCAAAGGUUUAAAUGUUAAUUAAGAAGGUAUUUACAAAUAUUUAAUUGAUGCGUAUGAUAGAGAUAGAGUAUUUAAAGAAGAAGUUCUUAUAAAGUUUGAAGAAUAAAAUAUGAAAAUUAAACUAUUUGUAAAAGGAGAAGAAAAGAACUUUGUAGAAUUCUUUACUAAAACUUAAAAGAAAAAAUAACAUUUUUAAGAAGCUGAUGGAGAUGAAAUAGGUAAAUCAAAAUAAUUGAAUAAUUUCUUGAAAAAAUAAACAGUUAAAACACCUUCAUAAGAACUAAAACCAAAAUUAAUAUUAUCUUUAGUAACUGAAUAGUUGCAAUUCUAUAUUUCGAUGUGUAACACAAGAAAUAAUACUUGGAAAAAAUUUGUUGAAUAAUUUCUUAGAGAUGAUGUUCUGAUUGCUCAUUUAUGGAAUGAAAGAGAAGAAAAUAAAGAAUAAAAUGAAGAAAAUUUAAUAAGUCCUGAUAUGAGAGCCAUCAUAUGUAAAUUAAUGAAUAAAGUUUAUUUGGAUCAAGAGCCUAGAAGAGAAAUCGUAUUUCCAGAAUUAUGUAAAGUAGUUAUUACUGAAAAUGAUAAUUUACUAGUCACUUUUGAAGAUGAAGAAGGAGGAUAAAAUGGAAGAGAUGAAGGAUUAGUAGCUUCGAUUAAAGAAAAAUUAUAUAAAUUUGUCAUAAAAGAAUGUGGUGAAACUGUUGAUAAAAUGUCAUCUUUAUGGGAUAUAAAAGUUGGAGAAGCCAAAUAGAGAGAAAUUUUGAAAUAAAUAUCAACAGAUUGUCCAAAAAUUUAUAAUAAAUUAACAUUAGAAAUGAUUAGAACUUUAAAACUACUGAUAACAUUUGGAAAGUAUAGAAUUUAAUUAGGUAAUUCACCAGAAGAAACAACUAAGUUAAAUGAGAAUUUCUUUAGUAUUAUUAAAUAAUUAUUUGCUAUUUUGGAAUUUGAUCCAAAAUAUCCAGAAUCAAGAAAGAUCUUAUAAUUAAAAAGAGAUGAAGAUAGUAAAAAAGGUGCAAAUUAAGGAGGAUAAUAAUUGUUUACAAAUGCUUUAAAUAUUUUUGGUAAAAUUGGUGGUUUAAUUAAUGUUUUUUCUUUAAUAGAAGAUAAGGAUGCAGGUAAGGAUAAAAAAAAAAAAUAAAAAAAUAUUUAAUUUGAAAGUGGACCUUUGAAUAUGAAUGAAUCUUUUUUAAAAUAAGCAGAUGUUCUAAAAAAAAUAUUAAUAAAAUUUUUAUAAGAAUCUUCAGAAGCUGAUCAAUAAAUAAAAUUGGAAAUCUGUGAUAUAUUGAAUCAAUAUCUUGAUUAAAAGAUGGAUUAUUGUUUAAAUUAAUUCAAAUAAAAAUUUAAAGAUUAUGUGACUAAACUUAAAAUAAUGUCAAGAUUAGAUGAAGGAAAAUUAAAUUUAACAGUAGAAGCAGAUCGUAAAGUAAUAGAAGAUGAAUUUUAAGAUGCGAUAAAAAAAUAAAUUAAAGCAUUAAUACCUUCAAUUCUAAAGACAGGUACAGAUGCAGAUAAAAGAGGAUAACCAAAGAGUGAAAAUUUUAAUUUAGGAUUUGGUUUAGAUUUAAAUUAAUUAGGAGGCGGUUUAGAAGUAUUGGAAUAAUCAAAAGAAAUUGAUGCAAUAGAUAUUUAUACUAUUUUAGGAUUUGAAAUAUUUCCAACUUUGAUAAAUUUAUUUUGUAUGAGUUAAUCUUUAGAUAUGCAAACAAAGAUAUUAAAUAUUUUGACAAGAUUUUAUAAUUAAAGAGAAGAAUUUGCUGAUUUAGUAUCCAAAAUAUUAUUACUUUUUGAUAGUUAAAAUAUUAAGAUAUUUAGUGAUUUAAAAAAGAAAAUGAGAUAAUUAGCUAAAAAUAUAGAUGAAUCUGAAACUUGGAUUAAAGAUCCUUCAUAUCCAGAUAAUGAAGUUAUUUUAACUUAAACAAUAAAAUAUUUUGAAUUUAUUAAUAGUUUAUUGUAUAAAGAUUCUAUAUUGGAAGAUGAUGGUGUAAAGGUAACUUAAAGAAUAUUAAUUGAUGAAUUUAGAUAAUCAAUAAUGAGAAAUUUAAAAGUACAUGAGAUGUGUGUAUAAUUAAUAACUGAUUGUAUAGGAGUGACAGAAAAAUAAUUUGAGGGGAGAACAAGAGAUUUAAUUUAUGAAUUAUUUGGCAAUAUAUUUUAAUUGUUAAAGAAUUUUGCAUUAAAUAAUUCAGCAAAUUAAUUAUUAUUGAGUGAUCAUUUAAAUAAAUUAUAGAUGAAAAUGGAAUUAAAUUUAGGAUAAUUAGAUUUAAUAAAUGAGAUAUUUAGAGAUAAUAAGAGAAUAUGUAUAGAGAAACCUGGUACAGUUAUUGAUAACAUUCGUAAGUUAAUAAAAACAAAUGGAAGAUAAUCAAGAUUUUUAGAAUUCUUUAUUUUAAUAUAAAAAGUAAAGAAGGAAUUUAUUCUAUCAAAUUAAAAAGGAGUUCUUAAUAUGCUUCUUGAUCCAGCUUAUAAGAGUAGUAUAUUUUGGUUGAAAGAUAGAUAAGCAUAAGCAAGUGAAAAGAAUUAAGCUUAAGCAUCAAUAAAACAUGAGUUUGAUUUUACACCUUCUAAAAAUGAUAAUCCAAAUUAUAGAGAUGAACCUUAUUCGUAUCAUUGUACAUUGAUUGAAGUGUUAUAUACUUGUGCAAUAGGAAAAGAAGGAAUGUUAUAAAAUGAAUCUCGUUUAAGAACUAUUAUAUCAUUAAAAUAUGCACUUGAAAUUUUAUGUGCUCCAGAUGGAAUGACUGAUGAUGAUAUUCAUGUAGUUAAUCCAAGAUAUGAUAAAUAUUAAGUUAUUUAAUUAAAGGUUCCAUUAUUAAAAUAUAUUUAUUAUACUUAUUUAGAAAGUGAAAAAAUAGCUGAAGAAAUCUUUAAAUGUAUUAGUGAUAUAUAAGAUUAUGUUAAUGCAGAAAAAAUAAGAAUUGAAAAAUUCUCGAAAUUACCUUUAAGUGGAUAAUAUUAAGAAUAUUUUUACACAUAUUUUUUUAUGGUUAUUAAUGGAUUUUUGAGAUUAUAUUAAAAAGAAUAAAAUGAUUAAAAUCUUGUUCAUUAAAAUUAAGCAUAAGUACAUUAAGAAAUAGAAAAUUUAUUUGGUUCAGUUAAAAAAUUGAGAGAUUUAGUUGAAAAUCAUGAAGAAUUAAAUUCUUUAAAAUUAAGUUAAUAAUAAAUGGAUUUUAGAUUGUAUUUCUUAUGUGAUAAUAUUGUAGAAGAAGAAUUAUUAUAAAAAUAAAAGAAAGAUGAAGAAGAGAAAUAAUAAGCAUAAAAAUUAGAAGAAUAAUUGUAAGAAGAGAAGAGAAAAAAUAAAAAGAAAUAAAAAACAUUUAAUUUAGGAUUAAAUUUAAUUAAUAUUGAAUUUAAUAAAUAAAAGAAUAAACCAGCAGAUUUUAGACAUGAUGAAGCAUGGAAAUAAUUAUGGUAAAUAUUUAUGUAAACAUUUUUAAAUUCAAAUUAAUUGUUAGAAGAAAUAAAAAAAGAAUAAAAAAUAUUUUCUGAGGCUUUAGAGAAAGUUGAAAGUAUUUAUUCUAAAGAUCCUUUAAUAUAAGAUCAUAUAAAUAAAACAGAAAUAUUUAAGAAAUUAAUUACUUUUUUAAGUAAAGGACACAAUUAACCUGGUUGUGAAUAAACAAUUAAAUAAGUGUUAAGAGCAUUGAGCAAUUAUAUAAUAAUUUCAGAAGAUACAGAGACUACUGAAUAAGAUGAAGAGAAAUAAGCAGAAAUGAGAUAAUAAGUAAGAGAAGAUAGAUAGAAUUUUCUAAAUAGUAAUAAUGCUAUGGCAACAAUAUUAGUUAUUUUAUCAGAUUAUAAAGAUCUUAAUAGAUAUAAUUUAUUAUAUAAUAGCUUAUUAAGUUUUGGAAUAGAAAUGAUGGAAGGUGGAAAUAGAGAGGUUUAAAAAUCAGUUUAUAAUUUUUUUGUUAAUUUUACUUCUUCAGAAGUAUUUUUUUUGAGAUUGCAUGAAAGAUUUGAAGAUUAAAAAGCAGAAUUAAAAAAAGAGGAUGAAGAUGAAGAUGAUGUUAGAUAUAAUUUUUAAGAUGAACCUGAAGAAACAUAAAAUACUUUAAGGUUCUUAUAAUUACUUGUAGAAGGUCAUUAUACAGAAUUAUAAAAUUAUAUGAGGUUUUAAUAAAUGAAUUAUCAUACUUAUGAUUUAUUUACUGAUGUUGUUGAAUUAUUGGGUGAAUAUUUAAAUGUAAAGAAAACUAAAUAUUUUUAUUGUAUGAUAUAAUGUUUUGAUACUAUAACAGAAUAUGUAUAAGGUCCUUGUUUUGAAAAUUAAUAAGCCUUAUUUUAAGCUAAUUUUUUAGAUAUGGCUACUAAUUUGUUAGGAUUUGAUGAAAGAUUAGAAGAAAUAGAAUUAAGAAAGAAAAAGAAAACUUCAGAUGAAUAAUAAGUAGAUCCUAAUACUGUAAGAAAGAAGAAUGAAGUAUUUCCAAGAUGGAUGUAUGCAAGAUUGAAAUAUAAAUGUUCUAUUACUUUGUUAUCUUUAUUAGAAGGAAGAAAAUCAAAUGAUGUGAUUAUUAGAUUAGCAAAAUCAUUUAAUUUAGAGAUGUUAAAAGUUAAUAUAAUAGAUAUUUAUGAUAUGUAUAAGAGUCUAUAUUAAGAUCAUUAUACUGCUGAAAUAUUCUCUCAUUUUUCUAUUGAACCAAAAUUUGAAAGUUAAGAAACUGAAGAAGGCAAAAAGAAUACAGAUAUGGCUAGUUUUAUAAUUGAAACAGGAUUCAAUCUUUUUGUUCUUUAUUCAACUUUUCUGGAAGUCAAAGAUCCUUCAGAUGGAGGUGGUCAAAAAGAGGGUGAAAAAGGAGAUGAUAUUAUGGAAUAAUUUAAAGCUAAUAUUGUAGGAGAAGUUGUAUUUCUAGCUAUUAAUAUAGUAAAAGGUGUAAAAGAUUUCUUUCUUAGUUUUGCUUAAAAAUUAAAUUAGGCAGUAAGAAGGGAUAAUAAUGAAAUUGAUUAUGAAUAAUUAAAGGAAUAAAUUAAAGAAAGUAGAACUAAAUUAUUUAAAGAAAGUAUUAAGUUCUUUUCUACAAAUUCUGCCCAUAUUGAAGUAUUAAGAGAAGAUAAAAUGCUUGAAAAAACUUACUUUUAUCUUCUACCUUAUUGUAAAAGUCUUGAUAAACCUACAAAAACUUAAUUCAAUUAAGAGGCAAAAAGAAUAUCAGUUAAAGCUAAAGUAACCUCUUUAUUACAAGAAUCUCCUGAUUUAAUUAAAAAAAUGAAAUUAACUUAUCAAAUAUAGUCUUAUUUGAAUAAAAUUAAAGUUUUAGCUUUAAUCGUUUCCAAGAUUCAACUUUACAGAGACAUUACUUUUAUUUUAGCAUUAACUAUAAAUAUUAUGAUUUUAUUUGUUUUCCAUAAAGAAGUAAAGUAAUGUGAUCCAACAUCAGAUUCUGAUGAAUAUUAAGCAUGUUUGGAUGAUUAUAUUUAUGAAGAAGAUUUAUAGAAAAAAGAUUUGUAGUUAUAAGGAAUAAUUUAAACAUUAGGAAUAAUUGUAAUAGUUUUAUCAAUGUUAAUUGUGUUAUUCUUCUUAGCAUAAACAGCUCCUUUAAUUAUAAAAAAAGCAUGGAUGGGAUGGGAGAAUGACAACUUUAAUAUUAUCAUGUACAUUAGACGAUUGUUGAUGACGGUUGUUUAUUUGGUAACUGAUUUCUAUGUACUAUAUUAUCUUAGUUAUGGAUUCACAGCAUUUUUGGGAACUUUAUAUCAUCCAUUCUUUUUUGCUUUUCAUUUGUUUGAUGUUUUAGUAAGAUAUCCAGUGUUAUUGAAUGUGGUUAAAGCUGUAUGGGAACCUCGAAAAUCUAUUCUAUUCACAUUGUUUUUAUUUAUAGUGCUUAUGUAUGUAUUUUCUUUGGUGGCAUAUUAUUGGCUUUAUGAAAGUUAUCCUCCAAACUUUUGUUAUAGUACAUUUUAAUGUUUAUUAACGGCAGUGGAUAGAUCAUUUAAAUCAGAUGGUGGAUUAGGUGGAUUUUUGACUCCAUCAACUGAUGUUAAACCUAAUGAUGAUGGCUAUUUCUUUCUUAGAUUCUUUUUUGAUAAUGUUUACUUUAUUUUAUUGAUGAUCAUUAUGAUUAAUAUUGUAUCUGGUAUUAUUAUUGAUACAUUUGGUACAUUAAGAGAAGAAUUAAAUGAUUAUUAAUUAGAUCUUUAGAAUAUUUGUUUCAUUUGUGGAUUUGAUAAAGAAACUAUUGAAAAAUCAAGUAAAAAUCAAUUAGGUUUUACUUAUCAUAUUAAGUAAGAACAUUAUAUGUGGAAUUACUUAUUUUAUAUUGCCUAUCUUAAAGAUAAAGAUUCUACUGAAUAUAGUGGUAUUGAAAGUUAUGUAAUGGAUAAAAUUAAAAAUGAAGAUACAUCAUGGUUUCCAACUUUUAAGUAUUAAUUGUAUUUAUUUAUAGAGCAUUAUGUAUGAAUGAUGAUUAGGAAGGUCAAGAAUAAGGAUAAAUGAUGAAUGAACUUAAAUAAAUCUAAGAUGAUUAAGAAAGAUUAUAAGAAUUGUUAGAUAACAUCAAUUAAUAAUUGGAAAAGAUAGAAGAAGAUUAGAAAUAAGGAAAUUAAUGA